AUGCAACAACACCGGGGGAAUCAUCCCCAGUUGCAGCAGCUGCAUGAGCAUGUGCUCCUGCUGCAGCAGAUACAGCAUCGGCUGGUGCUGCAACAGGCAGGCGUCCCGGAGCUUCAAAAUGGCUGCAUUCAGCAGCAGCACCACCAGGAACCCCACGAACACCUCUGUAUACAAACCCAGCGUGGAGGGCUAGCUGAGCUGGCACGUGAACAGCCACAACGGCAGCAAGGCGAGCCACACCCACAACCCCAGCAAGUGGUACAACAGCAACAGCUGCACCUUCCAUCGUCGUCUGCUCACGCGCAGGGGGCCGGUGAUUGCAACAGCGCACAUGUGCUAGAGACGGUGCACGAAGUACAGCAAGCAGAAAAAGAGCACCAGCAACGCGAGCAGCACUUCCGGCAGCGCAAUAAUCAGCAAGAACAGGAGAGAUUCCUUCUACAGCAGCAGCAGCGCCUCUUACUGCAGCAACAGCUUCUGUUGCAGCUGGGCGCAAUAAAGUCUCCACAGCAGUUGAACCUUGCCAUUCACUUGGUGCAACGACAGCUGUUGUUGCAGCGGACUGUUUCGUCUACAACAACAGCAGCAGCGGCAGCAGCAGCAGAAGUUGCAACAGAUGUGCCACUGGGCAGCACCCAGGGAAGCUCUUCUGCUGAAGGAGAUGCUUUUUUGUGUACUUCUGAAGCCAUGCGCAUUGCGCGGCAACAUGCUGCCUAUCUGGCAGCAGCUGCUUCUGCGAACGGCCAGCUCGAAUAUACCACCGCACGUGAGGCACAGCCUGCUGCAGCAGCUGCUGCUAUGUCUCAGUUAUUAGGAAGGCAGAAGCUGGAAACAGCUGUACAAAAGCUUAACGCACCUGCAAUUCGGUGGUGGGGGGCGCGGCAACUACAGGAGCAACAACAGCUGCUAUUGCAGGUACAGCAAGUGGUGCUGCUGCUGCAGCAACAGCCCGAUUUGCAGUGGCUUCUCUUGCAGGACCAAGAACUGCUGGGGCUGCUCGACACUCAGCCAGGGCUGCUGAUUCUGUUGCUGCGGAAUCAGAAGCAUCAGCACUACUGGGUGCUACGUCAGCAGCUGCUUAGGGGCGCGGAAGGGCUUCAACAUAAGCAGCAGCAACAGCAGCAGCUGCCGACGCCUCUGGCUAUGUACGCAAUGCUAGUCUCUGGCGCCAGCCACGAAGAGCAGCAGCAACAGCAGCAAGUGCAGCAGCAAGUAAAGGCGCUACAACAUGAGCGGCAGCGGCUGACUUUGCUUAUGAAGCAGCAGCUGCAGCUGCAGCAGCAACGCCUCCAGAAGCACCGGCAGCAACAGCAGCAGCAGCCUCCGCUCCAACCAGAGUCGCAGCAGCCAUUGGCUCAGCAGCAGCAGCGGCCACAGCUUCAGCAGCAGCAGGGACCGCUACUUCAGCAACAGCAGCAAGGGUCGCCACCGCCGCAUGAGCAUCAGCACGAAGAGCCAUGCUGGUCGCCUGAGAAUUGGCCUUCGCAGCCGCAGGAAUCCGUGCAUGCAGCAGAUAGGGAGGAAGAGCAUGAGCUCACGCAGCAACUGACGGGCAGUCAAGCAGACAGCAUGGUUUGCAGACAGGAGCAGCGCCUGGUUGUUUUGUCAGAGACACACAACACAGCGAAACCUUCCCCUGGUCGUGCCUGCGUGCGUGCCCAACCGCAGCAGCAGUCGCAACAAGAGCACGAGCUACAGCCGAUUCAGCCUCAAUCCGAGGCAGCCAACUUCAGCGCAGAGGAGGCACGACAGCAGCAGGUGCAACAGCCUAAGGACCAGCAGAAACGUCAGGAGGAGCUACAUCAGCGCACGCAGCAACAGCCAAAGCAACCACACCGCAGCAAGGCAAUGAGGAAACAGGUGCACCCAUACAGCUAUAGAAGCGUACCCGAUGUAGCGACAGAAGCAGAACCAGAUGCCACCACAGCAGCAGCAGCGCCUUCAGCAGCAGCAGCAGUAGUUUUCGCAUCGGACGCAGAAUCAUUCGAGAAUUGUCGCCGACGUUGCAGCAGGCUGAAGGGGGAUCCCCCCGGGCCUGAUCUUUGCAGUAGGCAAACUAAGACCAGUGGAGAUAACCGUGAAACCAGCAGCAGCAGCAGCAGUAGUAGUAGUAGUAGCGGGGAUGAGAACCGGCCUCCCCUGCAGCAGCGGCGGCGGCAGCAGAAACCUCGAGGCCGACAAAAGAACCAGCCCAAGAUGCAACAAGAAAAACUGCGUAGGGCAAGGAGGGGUGCACCCGCAGCACCUGCAGCAAGUGCAUCUGCUGCAGAAGCUGCAGCAGCAGCAGCGGAAGAGGCAGCAGAUGCAGCAGCAGAGACUGCAGUGCAGCCCGUUUGCCUCUCCCAGGGAUCUCGAGGGGCCGCGGCGGCAAGCCGUGCAACCAUAGCGGCAUCUGAAGCGUUGAAAUGCGGCGGCAAACCAAAGGCAAGAGGUAACAGUGCACUUGCAGGAGGAGUGGCGGAUGGAGACCAGCUAGACGAGCAGCAACUGCAGCUGCUGGUGAAACUGCUGCAGGACUGGUGCAGCAAGGCCUCUAGAGCUUCGCCCCCUCCUCCUGCUGACGCCUCCGCAUCGCUUGUUACUCGACUUACAGCAGCGCAGCCACUGCUGGAGCGGUUGAAGCACAAGCAGCAACAGCAGAGCGCCCUGCUGCUGACGGCCGAAGGCCACAGUGAGGCCGUCCGCGGCCUUUGCAGGGCUCGUUCUGCUGGCAUGGCUCGUCUCCAGCACUUGCUGUCCUGGAGCCUCGACCAACAGCCGCAGCAGCAGCAUCUACCGCACCGAUUACUGAUGUCCUCGAUGAAAACUCCGGAAACAAAAGACAAAGGGAGUCAGCGUCCUGUGCAGAAGAUGAAGCGCUUGAGCAACACUAGCGGCAACACCAGCAGCAACAGCGCAUUCGCAUCCUUGUGCGGGUGUGUUGCCGUUGCACUUCAUGCGGAAGCUGCUCUGCUUAUCCUCGGGAUUGACCCGGCAGAAGAGAUGGAUUUGCAGGCACAAGACCAGCAGUUGGAAGAACAGCAGCACGAAAAAGGCGUGUCGUUGGUCCCAACUGCGGCUGCAUGCGUCAAGACGCACUGCAGAGACACCCUCAUGCCUCUCUUCUCGCGCCAGAUCGAAGACACUGAUGAGGAGCGGUCCGCCUUAGGUGUGAAUGCCGCUGCAGCAACGGAUGCUGCUGCUGCGUUGCAGCGCCUGCUGGAGGGCCUGCGUCAUCUUUGGAGCGUCGCCGUGUCCCUGCAGCAGACCAAGACUUUCAACGAGUCGUGCAACCAGAAAGCAGGCGGGAAGCAUGCAGCUGUAGCGGCUGCUGCAGCAGCUGCAGCUGCUAUGGACGAGGAGGGCGAGGAGGUUGUUGCACCACAACAGGUACCUGCAGGUGCUGUAGUAACAGCAGCGCACCCCGUGGCACUGCUGCUGUUGCGCCUAUUGCAGGCGGCAUGCCUGCCCAGCGAAGUUUACAGGCACCUCGAAGGGUCUUCCUUUGCACCGGCGCCGUCCGUAUCGCUCGAGAAGCAAACAAAGCAUCUUGUAACCCGAGCGGAAGGAGCAGCAGCGGCAGCAGCGGCCACGGCGAAGUACAUCGCUCGCCGUUUAAUCAACAUGGCAGUUGGUGAAGAGAUGCCAGCAAAACAGCAGCAGCUGCUGCUGUUGCCGUCACCGCUGCGUUCCACUUCCGGCUGCCUGCGUGCCGCGCGGCGCCUCGUCGCUGAUCUCUCGUUGCUGACUCUGUCUCCCUCUCACCCUUCUUCCCUGCUGCUACUGCGCGCUGUGGGUUUCACCUUGUUGGCGAGGCUGCUGCGUCCUGAUGCUGCGGCGGAUCAUACGCAGCAGCAGCAGCAAACAGCACUGCUGUCCCUUCUUUCUGCGCUAGCGCCUGCUGUCUUUGCCGAGCCGCUGCCGUUUCCCUCCGUUCCUCUUCUGCAGGAGCAGCAACAGCAACAAAAACAGCUGUCAGAAGCUGAGCAGUCGGAUACAGUGGCGGCAUCAGUAGCGAGAGGCUCCCGCAGCGCCUGUAGAGGCCCUACACAGGCGUACCCACAGCAGCAGCUGCGCUCGCGCCGUGAGUCACUUGAGCACGGCUGCAACCGCAGCACAGCAGCUGCAGCUGCAAAGCCAAUUACAGCAGGAACUACACAGCAAGUCAAGCACCAGCAGCGGGAGGCCUGUUGUGAUUGUGCCUCCUUGAAGCCGCAUGAAGUAGCAGGGGAGUCAGCUACCGCCGCUGGGCCUUGGGUCUGUGUCGGCUGCGAGCUGCGCCGGUCUGUCGCAUUGUCUCUACAGGAGGCAAUAGGCAGACUUCGCCCCUCCGCGUGGCUUUCGAUUGCUGCCGCAAUUCCAGCCAGGAGCGCAGGGACCACAGUAGCAGUAACAGCUGCUGCACACGGCAUUGCGGACGGGUCGUUGCUGCUCUGCGUGCUCGACGAACCUCUCACCUUCCGUUGUACCCUUCUCAUGCACGCAAAUGCCAAUUGCAGCGGCAGCAAGCCCGCUACAUCAGCAGUGGCGCCUGCUGCAAAGGGAGCACGCCACGAACAGACCCCGGCAGCAGCUGCUGCUGCUGCGUCUGCUGCUGCAGCAAGCUCAGCGGCAAGCGCCAUGAGGCUUUCUCACAGGCGUCUGCUGCAGCAGCACUCUAGAGCAGCCAUGGCCUGCCUCCUGCUGCUGCUUGGCGGAAGCAGCAACAAAAUCAGCAUAAAUCAGAAACGUACGCCCAGAGACAGCAAACCCAGCAGCCUCAAGGAGAACAGGGCCAAAUCCAGCAAGGCAGACGGCAGCACCAGCAGCCGUUUGCUGCAGCUCGUACUAGACAUCGAGUGGGAGGCCACUGCAGCGGGAGAUGUGGGGUUGCUGCUGCCCCUAAGUGCUACUGCUGCUGCAGGCAAUGACAUCCACUGCCCUAGGCAGCAGCAGCAGCAGCAGCAGUUGGUUGUGUCCAUCUGGCGGUCGCUCGCCCUCUCGGCGCUACAACGGAUUGGCGAUUUGCUACUGCACGCAAUUCAGGUGUCUGCAGUGGAUCCCCGCUCAUCAGUAAGGAGAGCGGCUCUUUGUGUGCUACACGCGUGCGCGACAUGGCGGCCAUCUUUGCUGCAAGCUAGCAGCACCACCAGCAACAGCGGCAUCGCCCUCAUUUUGCCUCAGGCACUAGCAGAUUCGUCUCCUGGAGUCCGCGAGCGCGCUCUGGCGCUGCUUGACACCGCUCUGAAGCAGCAACAACGGGACGCUGUAGCAGCGCUGCAGCGCUGCAGCCAGCCGCCGCCGGGCGACGCUCGCCGGGAGGAGCAGCCGCACGUUGCAGUCUCUCCUUGGCUAGAGGAGAUCGGGGGACUGCUGCGGUUUCUUCGCUACGUAGUGCUGCAGGAGACAUCCCCCUCUGUUAGACAGCAAGCCUUACGCGUCGCGCGGGGUUGCGCUGCUGCGGCUCCCCUGGGGGAGACAGCGCGCUGCUGUCGUUCUUUAUUGCUGGAGGCCCUAGCAGCUGCUCCUGACCAUCCCCCAACAAAGGCUUUCAUUACGGCUGCGCUGGCGGCUGACGUUGUUGGACUGCUUGCUCCUAAACCCCUUGAGAAAGCUGCUGCUGCUGCUUCAGAAGUGGGCGAUGCAGCUGGUGGUGGAGCAACGCAGACACCGCAAAAGCGGAGGAGCCUGGGCCUUCAAGGCUACGGUGGUUCGCCUCUUGCUGCAGCGGGACGAGGCCCAUGCAGUCCCGUGAACCUGACAAAGGCAGUCAGGCUUCUGGCAAGCUUAGUUGCUGCUGCGCGGGAGCACCUGGAGGAUACCCCUCUAGUGCUUCUUCUCCUGCCUCGUAUGCAACAGCAGCUGCAGCAGCAGUUGCAGCAGCAUCAAGCAUUGGAGGAGCUCGCAGCAACGUUUCUGGAUGCUUGUCUGAGUGAGUAUCUGAAAUGCUGCUGCGGUGUACCAGAACAACAGCAGCAGAGAGGCCAAACCGAGCAGCAGCAAGAGCAGCUUCAGCAGCUGCAGCAGCAAGAAGACUCCCUCCUCGACCCUCCUGCUGCAGGGGCAUCUCUACUGCAACUGGCCCAGGAACUUGGGCUGUUCUGCCCACGUGGAUUGCUGCAGUUCGUGCCUCACGUUGCGGUUUUGCUGCGGGACAACGCGGCGCUGCUGCAGCGAGGCAUGAGCAGCAGCCGAUCUUGGACAGGGGAAAUUGAGCUUCUCGCGGCUGCAGCAAAUCAUAUCCGUGGAGCUCCCUACCACAUGCAGCAAGAGAUGCUGCAUUGUGUACCGGCUGUGCUGCUGCUUCUAGAGACAGACCCGCUCUUGCUGCAGCCGGGGACGACGAUGCUGUGCCGGGUGUCCCUGCAGCUAGAACAGGAGGGGGUACGCGAUAGUCUCCUUGACCUUCUUGCUGUCAGCUUGGCGCUCAUUUAUUCCAUAAAAGAUCGUAUUUAUCCACGGCAGCAGCCACAGCAACAACAGGAACCACAGCAAGGAGCCCAGCAGCGACCGCAGCAAGACCAGCAGCUGCAGGACAGACAGACCGUCGUGCCGAUGCUUCAGGCUCUGCAGUUCGCAUCAUGGGCAGUGGCUUGUCUGGCUUCUGGCUUGGGAAUUGGAGCGACCAGCAAAGGCUCUGCUGCAUGGCCCCAUACUUCCGCUGCUGCUUCUGCUGCUGCUUCUGCAAAUCAACAGAGGCUCCUUCCAGGUGCAGCAGCAUGUGCUGCGUCGCUGCUGUCGGACGUCCCUGUAGCGUUGCUGAUGAGACGAGUGGCUGCGCAUGCGACGGACAGCAAAUCUGCAGCAGCAGCAGCAGCAGCGGCUGCAGAAGACGGUGCAUUUUCUCUGCAGCAGUGUAUAUUUCAUUUGCUGUGCGACGCACUCCUGUUGCUGCAGCAACACGGAGGCAUGACGGCCGUUGCUUGGCGUUCUGUUUGCUGCUUCGUGCGCGCCGCUCCGUCUUUCCUAAAGAGCCCGCGACUGGGUGCUCGCCUUAAAGCAGCCAUAGCUACAGCCUCAGCUGCGACGGAGAAAUCGUCAUGGGGCCAGCAUGAGCAGCAGCAGCAGCAAAUGUGGACGAAAAAUGCGUCGGCGCUUGACUUGCCUGCAGCUCUGCAGGCAUUGUAUGGGCUAGUCAAAGGUCUGCAGCGCGAUGCCUCACCUCCAGGAACAGCUGACAUAGCAGCUGCAGCAACUGCAGCAAAAGUAGCGAGCGGAGGAGGUAAGUGUUUUCAGACCGCCAGUCUCCCGUCGCGCCGAUCAGCCUCUCGCCCGAAGUCGCAGCGGCAGCAACAGCAACAGCAGAAACAAUGCACACCUCCUUCGAGAAGCCGAGCACCCUCUGUGGCGUCGGCUUCCACAUCAACAGCAGCAGCUGCUGCAGCGGUAGCAAUAACAGCCAAUCUUCGUCAGGGGUUGUGGACUGAUGCCGAGCGCGCUCCAGAUACCCACGGCUCGGCAGCUGCAGGUGCAGCAACAGCACAGCCAAGCGUAUGCGACUAUUUGCAUUCCCUCGCUACGUACGUAAGGCCCAUGAUGGACUUACUCCUCCCUAGGCAGCAGCAACAGCAACUGCACCAACAGCAGCGAUCGUGGCCGACAGUGAACUGCAGCACCGCCACGCUCAUCCUCCUCCUCGCCAGGACUCUGCAGCAGUGA